UGCAGCCCAUUUAAGUUAAUAAAAGCCGGUAGUUUAUAUUUUAAGUAAUCAAUUUUAGAUUUCGCCAUGCCACAAAGAAAAAAAGCGAAAACUUCAUGGCGUCCAAAGCAAAUGCACACUAAACAUCGUCCUGGUCCAGAAGAGGAGUGGAGAAAAAGGUUGCCAAAGAAUGAUGGGUCUAAUAAGAAUAGCUUGCGGGAGGAUCAAGUCGGUAUAACCGAAUAUGUUAGCAGAGGUGCUGGAUUUACUGGAGUUGUAAAAUCACGUUUUUCUGAUUUUCAUGUUAAUGAAAUUGAUCUAGAUGGAAAAGUUUUACAAUUGAACGAUUUGACCGUGCCAAAGCCAGCGGAACCUACACUUGAUGAGGAGGAGUUAGCAGCUGCUCGACAAAAAUUUCGUGAAAUCAUAACAGAUGACACGUGGAAUAAAAUGUCCACAUUAGCCGCCUUAGGUGCAAAAGAUCCAGCAGCGCAGCCCAUAGAUAUAAUAGUGACAGCGUUAGAUAAAACAGAACGUGGACAAAUACACGAUAUGCUUAAAACUUUAUAUAGCUCUAAGCUGGUUGGUUCAACAGUAACUGAAGUAAAAGAUUCUACAGAGGAACGAAUUAUACGUGUAAUGAAGCCCAAAUAUAACUCCAGCAGUGAGAAACGCACGCGUUGGAAUUUUCCGGGAGAAUAUGUACAUUUCCUGGUGUAUAAAGAAAACAUGGAAACCAGUGAGGCAGCAUCACGUCUAGCUUCACGCAUUGGUAUACACCCAUCUAACGUUAAUUAUUGUGGUACAAAAGAUAAACGGGCCAAAACUACACAGAAGUUCUGCAUAAAACGGCGACUCCCUUCACAAAUCGUAACGGCAGCUCAAAAGUCAUACGUACGAAUAGGCAAUUUCACAUUCAGCAAUAAUGUGCUCAAAUUAGGCGAUUUAAAAGGCAAUCGUUUUAAAAUCGUCUUGCGUCAUGUUAAUGGUGAUGAGGUCGAAAUUCAGCAAGCGCUAGAAAAUUUACGUGACAAAGGCUUUAUAAAUUAUUUUGGCUUGCAACGUUUUGGCAAUCACGCUGAUAUACCGACUUAUGAAAUUGGUGUGGCACUUUUGAAGGCAGAUUAUAAAACGGUUGCAGAGCUCAUUUUGAAACCGCGCUCAAAUGAUCUGCCCUUCAUGGCUGAAGUGCGCAAGAAGUGGUGGAAAGAGCGUAAUUCAGCGGCUGCGGCAGCAAUGUUCAUUCCUAAUGAAUUUAUUGAGAAGAAACUGCUAGAUGGCUUGGCAAAGUACGGUGAAAAUGAUUAUGCAGCGGCGUUAAGAAAGAUACCACGCAACAUGCUCUUGCUUUACCCUCACUCCUUUCAAAGUUUUGUGUUCAACCGUAUUGCAUCGCGACGUAUAAAAGAACACGGUUUUAAACUGAUACCAGGCGAUUUAGUUUAUCGCAAUAAAGAAGAAAUGGAUGAGGACAUCAUUGAAAAAUGUGAUUUAGAUAGCACUACCGACAUUGGGAAAUGUGAAGAUAAUCAAGAAGUUAAGGAAGAUGCUGAAACUCCCGCUUCCGAUGCAAAGAAUGAAGAUUCAAUUUUUAAGCGUAAAGUCAAAGCUUUAACUGAGGAAGACAUUGUCAGUGGUAAUUAUACGCUUUUCGACGUAGUACUACCCUUACCAGGUCAUGAUAUCACUUAUCCCAGCAAUGAAAUUGGCGCUUGGUAUGAAGAGAUACUCGCUGAAUAUGGUUUGUCAUCUGAAAAACUACGCCAUAAAGUCAAAACUUUUGCUAUGGCUGGUGCCUAUCGUAAACUGUUGAUAUGUCCCCGCGAUUUAACAUGGAAAUUUCGCAAGUAUUCCACACCCGAAGAGACACUGAUAGCUUCUGAUUGGGAUCGUAUCGCUGGCAAAGCAGAUAAAAUAGAAAACACAGAGGGCACCGGUGACUUAAAAGCGCUAUUAUUAGAUUUUUGCUUGCCGCCAUCGGUGUAUGCCACCAUGUUUCUGCGGGAGCUGCUAAAAUCGGAUACCUCGGCGGCGCAACAGUUGAAAAUUGAAAUAGACGAAAUGAGUAAAGUCAGAGACAAACAGCAGACACCAAAAGUGAAUGAAAGUAAAGAAGACGCAGCGCAUGUUGAAAGCGUCAAUGAGGUAGCAACAACAGAAAAGCGAAAAUUGACAGCUGAUGAGACAGCAGAGGUGGAGGAGAAGAAAUCAAAACCUUCAUAGUAGUUAGUAACGCUAAAAAGAUGUGCAUUUUAUACAUAUAAUAUAAUUUACUUAACUAAACAA